UAUUUAGUCGUCUAUUUAAGUUCAAAGUCGAGGGUUGGACGGAAGAUCAGGAAGACAAUACUUAAGUAGAAAAUAGUUUGGAAUUAACGAAGGAUCUGACUGGCGUUUUCUGCCGAAAUAUCAUGGCACGAUCUAUGCGUAUUUUCGGACUACUCUAUGAAGUUGGUGCAAAACGGAGCGUGCCAGCGCUGACCGUUCUGCAUCCGCGGCCAGUUAGCACAACUCCAGGGCUGAGAUCACUGACGCGUUACGAUAAGACGGGUCACACCACUGACUGGAAGAAAAAACUGACCCCUGAGCAGUAUUUUGUGACUAGGGAGAAAGGUACAGAGGAGCCUUUUAGUGGCAUUUACCUAAAUCAUUAUGAAAAGGGCAUGUACCACUGUGUCUGUUGUGAUACUCCUCUUUUUAGCUCUGAGGCUAAGUAUGAUUCUGGGGCAGGCUGGCCAUCCUUCCGUGAAGCACACGGGACAUGGGAGCAGGAUGAAAGUCAUGCCAAUAUUUUGCGCCGUCCUGAUAAUUCUUUGGGCAGCACAGGGACAGAGGUUAUCUGCAAACAGUGUGAUGCUCACCUAGGCCAUGUGUUUGAUGAUGGACCUGAACCCACGGGCCAGUGGUUUUGUAUCAACAGUGCCUCCCUUCACUUUAGACCUAGAGCUAAAAACCCAGAUGCUAAAAAUGAUUAGAACACUUUAAUGCAAUUUGCCAUGAUGUUUUUAUAAGGAAACUUAGCUGCUUAUAGGCAUGAACUGGCAUGAAAGUGGCGGAGAAAAUUCUUGAUUUAUCAUGUGAUUGUAAUAUUCUCAUACGUUAGAGGCUUUUUUUUCUGCCUAACUUUUAAGAAAAAAAUUGAUGUACUUGACUAAGGUUCAGUUUUCACAACGAUACAGCUUUUUUUAAAUACCUGCUAAA